UCAGCGGCGGCAGCGCCUGCACAUGGGCGCGCGGCCGGGGCGCGCGGCGCAGAGCGGGCGGCGGGCGGGCGGCAGGAGGGCGGCAGGGAGGGCGCUGCGCGGCGGAGGCGCCUCUCCCGCUCCCCUGCUCCGGCGGCCUGCAGGCACCCCGAGGCCCGGCCAGGCUCGGCUCUGCCCUGCCCUGCCCUGCCCGGCUCCCCCCCUCCCCGCUCCCGUCCAGCAGCCGCUCCGCCAGCCGAAGGGGAAGGAGCCUCCGCCGCCGCCCCGAGGCAGAGCCCACCAUGUCGCGGCCGCUCCCGCUGACGCCCCCGUUCCUGCCUCCCACCUACGGGGUGCUCAAGUCCCUGCUGGAAAACCCGCUCAAGCUGCCGCUCGCUCACGAUGACGCAUUUGGUAAAGAAAAAGACAAAGAGAAGAAAUUAGAUGAUGACAGCACCAGUACCACAGUCCCUCAGUCAGCUUUCUUGGGCCCAACAUUAUGGGACAAGACACUGCCAUAUGACGGAGACACUUUCCAGUUGGAAUACAUGGACCUGGAAGAAUUCCUCUCAGAAAAUGGCAUUCCACCCAGCCCAAACCAGCACGAGCAUAGCCCACACCAGCCAGGUCUCCAGCAAGCUACCUCAGCAUCACCUUCUGUCAUGGACCUCAGCAGCAGGGCUUCUACUUCAGUCCAUCCAGGCAUGGUGUCGCAGAACUGCAUGCAGAGCCCGGUCAGACCAGGUCAAAUCUUGCCAACAAACCGAAACACACCAAGUCCCAUUGAUCCCGAGACUAUCCAAGUUCCUGUUGGCUACGAACCUGACCCUGCAGAUCUUGCUCUUUCCAGUAUUCCUGGCCAGGAGAUGUUUGACCCUCGUAAGCGCAAAUUCUCUGAAGAAGAGCUGAAACCACAGCCGAUGAUUAAGAAAGCUCGCAAAGUCUUCAUUCCAGAUGACCUGAAGCAGGAUGACAAAUACUGGGCAAGGCGCAGAAAGAACAACAUGGCUGCGAAGCGGUCGAGGGAUGCCCGCAGGCUGAAGGAGAACCAGAUCGCCAUCCGCGCCUCGUUUCUGGAGAAGGAGAACUCGGCUCUCCGCCAGGAGGUGGCCGAUCUGCGGAAAGAGCUGGGCAAAUGCAAGAACGUCCUUGCGAAGUACGAAGCUCGACAUGGCCCCCUGUAAAGUGAAGGGAGGGGAGCGGGGUUUUUUUCUUUUUUCUUUUUUUUUUUUUCGGUUGCGGGUUGGCAUUUGAAUAGAUGGACAAUGUGUUUCCUGUUUGAUAGCACCACGCCCAAACCAACCUUUCUGUCUUCAGCACUUUACCAGAAGCAGAAACAAAACUGACUUACGUUCUUUUUUUUUUGUUUGCGUAUGCGUGUACCUGCGUAUGUGUGCACAUGUGUGUUCACACGUCUGUAUAUGUGUGUGCGUGUGCAUGUCGUGUGUGUGUGUGCGUGCGCACGCAUCUCGGCACUUCCCAUUUUUAUGAAGCCCUCUUCAAAGGGUGCCACAUUUUUACCUGGACUGUUGAGAACCGCCAUAGUAAGCUUUUUAUUAUAUUUUUUUCAGUGCUGCUUCAGAUUAGGGUUUUUAUGUUAUUGUAACCAGUUCCAUCCUCCUGAUUUACUUGGAAAGAUCCCAGUAUAAAUUAUAAAAAAAAGGAAAAAAAAAGAAAAAAGAAAAAAAAAGUAGAUCUCAGUUUUUCGAGAGUAACAAGCUAUUGUUUAUGUCUAAUCAGAAAAGUUAACGCUAAUAAAGUGCACAAAUAAUAAUUUAGUACUACACUGCAGAGUUAUUAAUUUAUAGAUUGCUUUUGUUGUAUUUUAAGUUUUGGUGAUAAUUGUCUUCAGAUUUAAAGUGCUGUUAGACUGAGUUAGCUAUACUCAUUAUAGAUCCCAUAAUGGCUUCUCUAUAGCUAUUAAGGUUCCUUUUAUUUCCACAGACCCCAGGUAGAUAGGAGUACUAUUGAUAGACCACAGCGUGUGUAUUUUGCACUGUCUGUACCUGAAGCAAUAAUCCUAUUGUACGCUAGCGCGCAUGCUGCCCGGAUGUUCCUAGUGGACGUAGGAUGGUUUCCCUACUCAACAGAAGUUUUAAUGUCUUUAACAAAAAAAAAAAUUAAAAAGUAAAAGUCACAUUAAUGUGAGCAUGCUAAUUGUAUCCCUGCAAUGGGGAGCGCAUGUAUAAGAAGCAGGAUAAUUAGUUGAAACAACAAAAUUAAUAGUAUCAAAUCAGAUCCGAUGUUGAAAUCAGAGGGGCUUUUCUGUUUUCAGUUAGUUAUGCACUUCUUCAAGUUCCAUUUUGUGAUUACAAAUUAAAUAACCUAAAUUAAGUUGUUUCUUUCCCAUGUUUUGUAAUAUAUUUUCUGUGGAUUAUAUCUUGCUGUUUGAAAAAUCACUUUUAUUCAGUUAGAAGAAGUCACUGGUUUUCAAAGCCCAUUUUUCCUAGUGAUUGUUGUUUUGAGUGUGACAUGAACUGAUGGUUCUGAACUUUGUUUUAAACUCUAUUUGCUUUUGAACACGUGUGUUCUAAUAUAAAGUGGACUUCUGAGAAAUGAAUGUAAGAGACACUGGUGUAUUUCAGAAGGGGAUGGUGUUGUCAUAUACUGUGGUUAAUCCAAUCAAUCUAAGUGUUUACUAUAGACCAAAAGAAUAGAUAUUAUAAAAUGUAUAAAGUUUAUACAGAAUAAUUAUAGUAUGUUUGUUUUGUACAGUAUUUUUCAAGUACAAAUACUGACAAUGUAUUUUGAAAGACAUAUAUUAUAUAUAGCAAAGAGAAAAAGCUAUUCCAUGUUUAAAAUAUAUAGCAAAGAUAUAUAUUCUCCAUUAUUGUACAGAAAGGAAAUGCUUAGGGGUUUGUUGGUUGUUUUUUUUUUUUUUUAAUCUUUAAUAUUUUAAGCCUGCCACUGGCACACCGGCAUGUUCUGUGCUUUAAAUUAAAUUUUUAUGGAAGUAACAUGGCUUUCAAGGAUGUUCCAUAUUACUGAAAAAAGAGAGACUUUAUUAUUUUCCAUCAGAAACACAUGAAGAAUCUAUUUAAUAGGGACAAAGCACAAUAUGGAUUUUAGUCAACUAUUAAUUGGACAAUACAAUAUUUUAUAAAGGCAGAAAAACAGUAUAUAAUAAAAAACAUAGUCUUUUCUAAUUCUGCUGCUGCUGCUAGAAUCUGUUUCCAGCUGAUUUUUUUAAUAUAUAUCUCUGUUCACGUAUACAGUUGUACGCACUGCGUACAGUUAUUAACAUGUGAGGAAAAUAUGGUGCUACAUGUCUUGCUCACAGUUUUCUAAGUGUUUUGACAUUAUUUUCAAAUAAAAAGGUUGUUCAUUCCAUUAAAUAAUUAUUCAUGCUUCAGGAGAUUGUUGCGAAGGACCCAACAUUUUGUUUGGCAUUAAAAAUAUCCUCACAUCAAUGGCAUUUUUCCAGUAUUUUUCCUCAAACACACCCAACUUGUCCCUUAAUGUGCAGUACUCGCCUGUGGACCAUUUAUUCAGUGAACUGAAUUUCCAUGUGCUGCAGCGAAGUUUAAAGUGUAGUAAGUUAUUUUCUAGAGGUCAGUAUAAACUACUGGAUGCAUGGGUAGAGAAACGAGGCUGACUGUUUGGUACAAGUCAGCGUAUCUGCUAUAUCCCCUAUGAAAUAAACCUUGUUUUUCCUUUGGAGUAGGCUGUGUGACAGUGGGGGGCUCAGGCAGCCAGCCACUGCUAUGGAUACGUUUUUAGCAGCAACAUAGCAAAAUGCAACAGCUUCUCAUCGCCCUCGCUAUGAGUGUUCUUGGGGUGAUGCCUGAACAGCAGAAAUUAAGUAUAUGAAAUGGGCUGGUACGUAAAUAGCUAGAGCCAUCAGUGUACUGCAUUGUGACCACAAAAUGUUCUUUAAAAUAUAAGAGGCAGCUUGGGAAAAAAAAAAUUGCAGAUGAUUAUUUAGUUUCUUUUGGGCAUGGAAGGGGUGGGAGAUGGUAGUUUUGUAGGUUGGCUAUCACAGAUUUAUUACGUCACAGCCACAGAGGAGCAGAGGCUUCCAGCAGUGACCUCGUCCAACAGCAGCCCUGUGCCUGCUCAGAGCCCGGUGGGACGAGGCAGUGCCUGGGCACCCAGCGGGGCGUCACGAGGCUUUUGGGGGGACUUUCAUAGGAGUCGGUGGGGCUUGGGCACUCACCUCUUACUGUGGGCGCUCAGUACCCAAUCUCAGUUGAAGAGAAAAUAAAUACGGGCUAAAAACUUGAAAAAAGACGCAGGUUCUCCAACCAGGCUGUCUCCCCAGAAUGGCAGUAUCAAGUAAACCCAGAAAGUUUAGCUUGUUUUCAGGUCAUAAGGUCAGCUUAGCUGGGAUCAUCACACCUCUGAUGGCUUUGAAGGAGCUUGUAGGCAUAAAAAAAUUCUAAUUUUAUAAAAAUAGAAAUAUAUAUAUUUGCAGAAUAAUUACUAUUGUGUCUAAAUAAUUCACUGACCUCUAUUAAAACAUAAGCAUUGGUAAAAUGCUUCUUUUUUUUCUUUUUCUUUUCUUUUUUUUUUCUCAAAGUCUUAGAAGUGAAUUCUUUCUUUUUGAGAAGGAAUGUCCUCUAAAAAUAAAAUGAAUUCGAGAUGUGUUUGUGAAUAUGAGCACCUUGGGACUCUGCUUGGGAAAGCAUGUGGUGGAGGGUAGGGGGGAGUUAUUUUUUUCCUUUUUGAAUGGUGCUAAAAAGUCACUAAACCUAGCACCAUGGAACUAAAGUUUUGACUUGAAUCCACAUAAGCAAGAAACAGAAUGCAAGGGAUGCACGUUAGCUCGGCUUCCUGCUUGACUUGCUCAGCCCUGCCUGCACCUAACAGCACGAACGCUGCAGUGGCAAGCUGGAGGCUAGGUGCGUUAAGCGGUGCUGAAGGACCCCAAACAUUUGAGUAUCUUGCCUCUGUGGGUUUGUAAUAGCCCCAAAUUAUUGCUUUAAAUCUAUUUUUGCAUGUGAUUUAUGAUAGAGAUGUGCAGUUUAUUUUUAUUUUGUUGAUUUUUUUUAUGUGAAGAAAGAAAUAUAUAUGUAUUAAAACUUACAAGUGAUCAACCAUCGUAUUUCUGGCAACACCACAAGACAGCAUCUGUUUAAAUACAAGUUUAAUAAAUAAGAUCAAAUUAACUGUAUGACAUGAAAUGGAUUGCAUCCUGUAUGCUGUUCAGCCCAAACCUUUUUUUUUUUUUUUUUUGGUCUGUUAUUCUUAAUGUUUAAUAAACUUUUAAAUUUUUCUUCUCUCA